AUGGUCGAGUUGGAUGUUGUCCGCAGCUUGAACAGUUCUCUGGUCCAGAGUCAACCUUUGGUGGCCGUCUUCUUCGGCGGCACUGGCGGUAUUGGACAGUUUACACUUCGCGCAUUAGCCGCUGCUGAGGCAAAGGGAGGGAAAGGGCUACGAGCAUACAUUGUCGGGAGAAAUGCCAAAGCAGCUGAAGGGAUCCUCGCCGACUGCCGUGCCGUCUACCCGCAGGGCCAGUUCAAGUUCAUCAAGGCCAAUGACCUCUCUCUGAUCAGCGAUGUCGAUCGACUUUGCGCAGAGCUCACGGAGCUGGUGGAAAAGGAGACUCCGGAUCCGAGGAUUGACUACCUCAUGGUAUCCCAAGGCGGGAUGCCCUUCCAACCACGGAAAGAUACGAAAGAAGGGAUCGACGUGACCAUGUCGCUGAUGUACUAUUCUCGCAUGAGAAUCAUCACCAAGUUGCUCCCACUGCUCCUCAACUCACAUCUCCCGGCGACGGUCGUCUCGGUCUACGCGGCGGGGAUGGAGAAGAAACUGUAUGCGGACGACCUGUCCCUUCGCGAUUUGAAACGGUACAGCUAUUCCCAAGCCCGAGACCACAUGUGUUACAUGCACACGCUGUUCAUGGAGAGCUUGGCUCAGCAGCACCCGGGGAAGCUCACCCUCAUCCACAUCUUCCCGGGCCUUGUCAUCGGACCGGGGUUCCAUAGCACGGAGCUGCCGAGAUGGUUCCGCAUCCUCUUCCACUGGUUCGUCUUGCCGCUCUUUGGGCGGUUCAUCACCGUGCCGACGGGCGAGUGUGGAGAGCGAAUGCUGUCUCUGGCAUCAUCCGAGCGGUAUCCGCCUCGACCAACCACGGACAGCUCCCAGAGCAAAAGGGAAGGGGCGGCCAUCGUGGGAACAGAAGAGACGCCGGGAAGUGGAGUUUAUUCACUCACCUGGAAUGGCGAGAGCAACUUCAAGGCGAAAGCGUACAAGGAGAUCAACAAACAGGAGAUGAGGAAGAAGGUCUGGGACCAUACCAUGAAGUGUUUCGAGGUUGUUGAGGCAGGCAAGGUCUUUACUGAGUGA